AUGACUAUCAGCGUUCAGUAUGAAGACGUCCUUGUCACCAGUGCCCAUCACGGACAAGGCGACACCAUUGUAUCAGCAGCAACUCAUGACAUUGGCCAGCUUUUGUCCCGAUUGAUGGAGAAACUUGAUGAGCGAGCAACUACAUUGGCGUGUGGAGCCCAGUUCGAUCUUGCGUUACGCGAUGCCGCCAUGAUGCGAACACUAGCACCUGGAUCCUCGUUGGGGUAUUUGAGAGCAGGCAGCAUUUAUCAGGAGCAGGGACGACAACGUGCAGCCGUGAUGAUGUAUGAUCAAGGUCUUGACAGGGUGCCUUCAUGCGAUCCUUGUUACACGCAGCUUGGCCAAUGCCGUUCUCAUGCUUUGAAGGAGGAGGAUACCAAACGCGUUGAUUUUAUCAGUCGACUCCCUAUGGAUAUCAUUGCGACCACCCUUAUCCCAUUGCUGUUUGAUCCAUUGGAAACGACCCUCGGUCGGUUAUCUCCUUUGCUAUCAGUGUCACACACCUGGCGCCAAAGUAUCUUGCAAUGCAAUAUUUUGACAUUGGUAGUUGACAGAUCCAUGAUGACGCCAAAUGAAUUCGAGCAAUCAGUAGAGGCAUAUGUUCCCUAUGUCAAGUCAUUAUUCGUAAAGCGUACUCCUGUGGAGGAAUCGGCCAAUGAUGUCGUUGAUCUUUUAGUCAAGGCCCAUUUUCCAGCAAUUCGACAUCUAGACCUUGAUUGUCAUCGAAUGCAUAUGUUUCUGUUUCUCGAUUCGAUGAGUCCCACGUUGACACAUUUGAAGAUUUCUCUCUUCUUUGAGCGAAUUGAAUCAGCUGAUGCGAUCCAUUUGAUGAGCGAUAUCUUGGAUAGGUGUCCGCAUCUUGUGAGCUUCGAUAUGGAAUGGUUGGACAUUGCAACUCCUUUGACAUUGACCCAUGAUUAUCCGAAAUUGACGCAUUUGGGACUGCUCGACAUCAUCGGUGAUUCUAAUAUAUACAACUGCAUGGAGAAUAUCCUCAGCCAUCUCCCAUCAUUAUUGACAUUCUGUGUGCAUCCAAUGCCUGAUUCACGAAUUUUGCCCACAAUUCAUCAGCACUGCCCCAAGUUGAAGGUGAUACGAUAUGGCGACAACAUCAGCACGCACUUUGUCAAGGAUAAUCAACAACAAGGAUUACAAGAGCUGACAAUAGGGCCCCAUGGUACAAAAUACAGUAGCGACGUAAUCGUUUCGACCUUGGCACAAUACAGUGAAUCGCUUCAAGAGCUUGAUUUGAGGGGAGACUCGGUGGAAGACGAUGACACAGCAAUCUUUUCAUCCAAGUCGCAACUCGUAUUGAGAAAAUUGAGCCAACUCUAUGUAUCAUCGAAUAACGACUCCAUUCUGCCACUUGCCUCAUGGAUCAUCCGCCAUGCACCUCAUCUUCGUACGAUCAUGGCACAUCAAUUGGCGGGGGGAAACAAUGAUGAUUUGAUAAAUGCUAUCACAGGGCUCUCACAUCUACAAAGACUCUCUGUAAUGCCUAUGUCUUAUCAUUCCCAAUCAUUUUGCCGCCUGAUCGAGCAUCACGUUCAACUUGGAAAUCGUUCGACAUUGCGAGAACUGGAAAUAUCAAUCAGCAAUCUUUCUCAGUGGAUGAUUCCCCUCACCCACCUUGGACAAUUGCGAUCGUUGAAAAUCAUCAUAUUUUCUGGCGUUCCUCCUAGUGACAUUAAAGCGAUCAUCUCAGCAUUGUCUCAAGGUUUACCUCUACUUGAAAGCUUGGUAUUGCGGUUUACUUUUACAGAUAUACCGGAUGGCGCGAUUUCAGCCUGCCAUGUUCAUCCUACCAUCCAAAGUCUUAUUCUUCGUGCAACAAGCAUGACAGACAAAGAUCUCCUCAGCCUCAUCAAGUUCCCAAAGCUGCAAUCACUUGUACUCGAUGUUCCGGUCAAGGGUUACAUUCUAGAAUUGCUACGCACCAAAAUAGCCCAUGUUGAAUAUCGUUGA